UCUUCUUCAUUCCUCCAUCAGUUUCAUCUCUAAUGGCGACUCUUUCCUCAGUUAAGAUUACAUUAGCCUUCCUCCUCGCCAUCUGCCUCCUCUCACACUACUCAGAAGCAUUUGGUGGCCUUCUCGGAGGUCGGACAAAGCUCAAAAACUUGAAGACCGACAAGGAAAUCCAGGAUCUAGGACGAUACGCCGUCGAACGUUACAACACCCAGAAGGGUAUCUACAUAAAGAACGGAUCCACGUCCACCGAGGAUCAUCUAAAGUUCCAGGAGGUGGUGGAAGCUGAGAAGCAAGUUGUUUCCGGUAUCAAAUACUACCUCAAGAUCACUGCAGUAACCAAGUCCGGAACCACAAACACCUUCAAUGCCGUGUUGAUGGUGACACCAUGGAAAAACUCCAAACAGCUUCUCCGAUUCACUCCUUCUCAUUCCCCUGCUGUUACAAAGUAGAACUAGAAACUCAAAUUAUGUCUGUCUGUCUGUCUAAUCAAGAUUUUGCCCUCCCUCUGAUGUAGUAGUAGUAGUAGUAAUAAUAAUAAUCAUAAUAAUAAAGAGAGAUAUGAAUGAGUU